CGUCAUAAGCCGCCAUUUGCGAAGGGUCGAUCGCUGCUGAGCAGCGCGGGUGUCUUUGAUUUGAUUAUGUCGUGUGUUUAAAUUUUUAUUUUUCGAGUAAACUGUGAACUCAGUGCUGGAUAAUAAUCAUUUAAAAUGAUUGUGAGGUUCUUGAGCGUUUUGUGCGUCGGAGUUUUCCUGACGGCGGUGUACGGCGCCGAGGGAAACAACAACGAAGAAAUCCCAUAUCUGGAGUUGGACGAGCCCGAUGAGGGUUAUCAUGGGCUGAUCAAGGAGAACGAGACCCUGGUCGAAGUGACUCCUCCGAUCCGUGCCCGGGGACCGCUCUGUUCCUUCCUGAUACUAAACAACAUACAUCAUGGAGAGGCCCCUUUUGAGAUAAUGGUGAUAGACGAAAACGAAGCCCGCCUCCGUGUCCGAUACCCGCUGAACUGCGAGAAACGACGAAACUACAAAUUCGAUAUUGCCGCAGUUGGUUGCGACGGCUCCUAUUCCAACACUGUCCCCGUUCACAUAACGGUGACAGACGUGAACGAAUACGCUCCAGUCUUCAGUCAAUCCGCGUACGUGAAGACCGUCGACGAGGGACGCAUUUACGAUGAGAUCCUUCGCGUCGAAGCCACUGACAAGGAUUGCACCCCGCGAUAUGGUGACGUGUGCAAGUAUGAAAUUCUCACCGACAGGAGCCAGCCGUUUACUAUCAACGUUGAAGGUGUGAUCAGGAACACAGAGCCACUUGAUUACGAGAAGUCUCACAACCACAUUCUAUCGGUUGUCGCCUACGAUUGCGGCAUGAUGCAGUCGACGCCUGUUAUGGUCACAAUCAAAGUUAACAAGCCCUGUAGAGCGGGAUGGAAAGGAGUGGCGGAACGUGUAGAUUACGCGCCGGGAACAGGUCCACUGGCCUUAUUCCCCGCUGCACGUCUGGAGACCUGUUCUUCAGACGAGCGUUGCCCUGGAGUCACCAGGAUCCAAGCUGCGGUCUCCUUGCAGGCCUCGCGCGUCGGCAGCGGCUGCGACAGGGAUACUUAUUCGCUGCAUUCUCAGCGUACCAUAUGCGGACUCGACCCGAAGACAAUUGACCUGCUACCAAGUCCUGGAGCCGGUAAUGAAUGGGCGAAAUCAUUGAAACCCGACUCAGGUCGUGACGGCGAGCAGAUGUUCGAAUUCGACGGCGAAACAACAUCGGCCAUAGUUCCAGAGUCGGUGUUGCCUCACUCGCUGACCAGCAGCUUCUCAAUCUCGACGUGGAUGCGUCACGCUCCUCCCGCUGACGGCGACAAGCACAGAAAGGAACACGUUCUGUGCCUUGCCGAUGACCACAAAAUGAAUCGCCACCACUACGCUUUGUUCGUCCGUAACUGCCGUUUGAUCCUGCUCUUGCGCCGGGACUUCGGCGAGGGAGACCUCAACAUAUUCCGUCCUGCCGAGUGGAGGUGGAAGAUACCCGAGGUCUGCGACAACGAAUGGCAUCACUACGCUCUGAACAUCCGCUUCCCCAAUGUGGACUUGUUUAUUGACGGCGAACCUUACCGCUCGCUCGACGGUAAAGGGCCCGAAGUUAUUGACGACUGGCCCCUGCACCCCGCGCAUGGAGUCAACACCACCCUCGUCGUCGGCGCUUGUUGGCAAGGCACCGAGAAGGAUAUGAAGCACCACCUCCGCGGUUGGCUGGCGGGGCUGGGCGUACUGCGCGGCGCCGCACAGCCCUCACACGCACUCUCCUGUCUAGCUCGCUGCCGGGAGGGACUCAGUCUGGCACCGGACCUAUAUCUGAAGUCGGUGUCGGUGGAGGGCGACGGAGUGGCGGACGUGGAGACAUUGCUGCGCCGUGUCGCGUAUGGAGACGCGCGAGCCUUCCCCACUCCGGGCAGGAGGAAUGUGCACGUGGCCACCACCAUCACCUGCGACAACGGGCGCAUCAUCAAGGCCCGCCCGGCGGAGUCUUACAUCAUGUUGUUGGCGCCGCAGACGCCCAGCAUCCUCCUGAACGGCAGCGCGGACGUGGCGCGCGACUACGCACACUUCCGCGCAGGACUCACCGUGUUCCCGGACCUCGGCGUCUCCGUCCGAGCUGCUCCUGCUCAUCCGCUGGCCGAUGAGAAUCAGAAGCUGGACUCGUGCGUGGUGUCGGUGUACCCGGCUCUGAACCCGGACCACGAGGCACUGUCGCUGCGCGCGGCCGCCGACCUGCCGCUGCGGUACGACAUCCGCGCGGCCGUCACCCGGGACGGCGUCAUCCUGACCGGCGCCGACACCGUCCACAACUACCAGAAGGUGCUUCGCGAAAUCGAGUACAGCAACAAGAAACCGGCCUACUACCUGAACCGCGUGUUCAAGUUGACCUGCUCAGAGCUCAACGGUCGAUUCACGAGCAACGAAUAUGUACAAACCUUAACUGUGGUCCACCCUCACAUGUCGGCCGCUAACGAGGUGGCCUCUCGGGAGCUACCCAGCGGCAUCGCGGACAAGGCUGACGUCGCCAGAGAAUCAGUGCCGGACCGCGGCCACGCCCACGGGCACGCCGUGGCGCCGCGCGUGUACGCCGCGCACGCACAGCGCGACGCGCACGCCGCCGACGUGCCCGCGCCGCGCCUCAUCGACCUGCGCCCCGAGCAGAGCGCUAACCACGUGGCUCUGCUGAUCGGCGUGGUGGCCGUGGGAGUGGUGGUGCUGGCGGCAGGAGUGGGCGUGGCGCGCACCCGCCGCUCCCCCCGCGCGCCCGCCGCGCCCCGCGCUCGACACGUCGACUCCGAGAUGGCGUGGGACGACUCCGCCCUCACCAUCACCGUUAACCCCAUGGAAGAGAGCGUCCCAUCCUGCGGCACGCACGUGAACGCUGCGGACAGCUCGGACGGCGAGUCCUGCUCCGACUCGGACUCCGAGCAUCACGACUCCUCCGACGAAGACGACGAAGUGAUGCCCAACAAACAGCACAAAUACAGAAACAUCAGCCAGCUGGAGUGGGACAACAGCACGAUGUAACGCGCCCUUGGCUGGACGCCGCGGCCGUACUUAACGCACCCCUAUAAACUAAAGUCUCCCUUCACUGGCACCCGUGUGCACCGUCCUUCUAAAUUCACGACUCGUUCCGAUUUACGCGCUUUUAGAGCUGGUUUACACGAGCAUCUCGAACACGAGUGGUUUUUUUUUUGCCUACCUACCAGUGGCCUUCAGGGGACAUUCUGGUUUUACUUUGAUUUGUGGCUUCACGGAGCUCAAUCUUGCGAACAUCUGCCCUAGUAAAGGGCAGUGAUUCGCUGAAUCUACUACCUGAUCGGAUUCGCGAGCCACUGAGAAAAUCCGGCGAGAAGCUCAGUGGGUAACUAGUGGCUAGAUUAUGCUCUUCUAAUUCGUAGACUCAUUGCCUUAUUAUUGACAAAACAACUCGUGAAAAAUAAGGUUGCUCGUUGCUCGAUAAAUCUUAUUCGUGUGAACCAGCCCUUAAUGUAACGUUUCAAUAUGGCGGACUAAAAACGUUUUUAUAUUAUUCGAUACGAUUUGUCGUCUCCGAUAUUAAGAUAAAAUAACUGUAUAAUAUUUCAUUGAAUACAUAAAAUAUGACGAUGAACUAGAUGACAUAACUGAAAAUUUCAAUCGAGUAUCUAAAUGUUUAAAGUUUUACGAACAUCAACUGAAGAAAUUUUCCAUCCAUUUUUGUUGUCAUAAAUUAUUAGAACAUACGAUUUUUAUGUCGCCAUAUUAAAACGUGAUAGAAUUCAAUCAAAGCGAUUCAUAGUUACGGAAUUGAUUUGAAAUAUGUAUCCGUAUAAUUAGUGUAUAAACAAAGCUUUUGCACAGACACGCGUGUACAAGACUUUGUAUGUUAGGCUGUGGUAUGUGCACGAAUAAGAUGUUUAAGCACAAAUAAAAUUCCUAAAAAAAAAUUCUUUGUCACAUAAAAAAAAACUUAAGCCAUGUUUUUUUGUUUAACGUUAUUCAGGCUCAUAGCCUCCAAAAGCGAUUUUAUGGUGAUGUCCUUUUCGUGCACAUAUCACGGAUCCAACGCAUUUGUUUUGUAGUUCUUUGUAAGGUUUUCAAUAAAAUGAUCAUAUCAAAUUAUACGUAAAUUUGUUUCUGUCUUCGCUUGCUUUUGUAGGAAGUUGUUCUUUACGUGUUAUAGUGCUCGUUCUUUGUCCACGAUAUAUUCUUUUUCAAUACACUUAAGUAAAAAAAUGUAUGUAUUAAUGUAGCCGUUGUAAUUUCGUAUGGAGUCGUAUAUAAGAUUAGUAUAAGCGAUCAAACACUAUAAAUAUAUAUUAAAUGAUAAUGCUUCACACAUGAAAACAUAGUAUUUUCACAUUUAGAAACAUGUUGGCGUUUUAACAUUAUCACAUUAAUCUUUGUCUACUUACGUAGGUUAAUACGAGAGAAAACGACGCCAUUUUGAAUUAAAUUCGCCAUUUUGAAACCCCGCAUUUAAAUGAGUAGUAAGUACAACACGCAUUAUUUUUGGUACAAAACAGCUUACUAACCUGUAGUAUUAAAUAUGUCUGUCGACAAAAAUGUCCAAUCAUUUGAACCUUCGAGCUUGACGACAAGAUCGGCUUAAAUGUAUAUUAGGCACAGAGUUAUUUGAAAAAAAAAAAACUAAAGUUGUAUGAUAUUAUACACAUAUAUACAGAUAUUGGUUUAAGAGCAGCUAUUAUAACUAUUUAUAUAUUUUGAAUGCGUUAAGGGAUUUUUACUAACAAUUAGGUACUAAGCUAUGUUAGUCGGUGACGCACACACGGGAAAUGGCAGAAAAGACGCGUCGCAUAGGCGUAAGUAUAGUUAGGAUCUCUUCAUUCUUCUGUCAUCUGUGUAUCGCUUGUGGUGGACCGGAAAACCCCAAUGAAGGCUUAUAGAGACAUGGCAACAACACUGUCAGUGCUUCGUGUAAAAAAACAAAUGUACAUUACACGAUUUAAUUAUCACUUAUUAGUGCUGACCUAUUGGCAAUGACCAGAUAAAUUUUGUGUAUUAAAAACUUAAGGUGUCCGUGUUUAUUUUUAAUCCACGAUAAAACUCAUGUUCAACUCCAUCACACCCGAAAUUGCAUAUCAAUCUUUUGGCCAUGUAUUAGCGUAGUGUUACCGUUUUAAGAACACGUGACUGUAAAACUCUAAAAGCAAUCAUUGUGAACAUAAUCAUUAGUGUGUCUGUAGCAAAAUUUACAAUUUUUCUUUUAAAUUUAAAUAUAUUUUCUGUUCGUCAAACCAUUUUUGUUCUGUGCAAUGCGAUCUGACAUAUCCGACAAGUGUCAACGUUCGUGAAAGAAUCUUACAUCGAAAAUUUUAUCUUAACCUUACUUUAACUUUAACUAAACCUUACUUUCUAAUGUUACUAAUUUCGUGACUAUAAUGAGUUUGUUUGCAAUUAUUUACCUUUCUAACGGCUAAUUCCACUAACUCUACCAACAAUUGACUUUUCAGAUUUUGACACAUGUCAAAUAUGUCAUUCGAUAUUGUCGGACCAUAGUGAGUUAUAUCUUUAUGUGUAAGUACAUUUGGAUGUUAACGAAAUAUGGUGUUUUCUUUAAUAAAAAAGCGAAGCCCUAGAUUACUUUGAAAUUAUGGUUUUCUUGUUAAGUUUUUCUGACAACCGUCCAUUGACCAUUUCCCCUGAUAGCUAAAUAAUCCGAGAUCUGAUUUAUUUUGAACAUAGCUCAAAAUCGCAAGCACAAAUAAAGGCGUUUGGUAUAAACCCAGUUUUGAUUAAACUUUUAGUAAUGUAAGGUAGCUAUUUUAUCUUUUAUUUCGUUUUUUUUUUCAAUUUCAUGAUUUAUUUGAAAUAUUAUUAUGGUAUUAUUGUAUUAACGAUAGAACUUCUUUGAUGUAUGAAUUAUUAUAUUUUAGCUAAAAAUAAAGUUGGUUUAAAAUGA